UCUAGUUUAUUCCUCCAUAUCUGUACAAAGUUUUUCUCCUUCUCACUUGAAAAUUCUUCAAAUUUUCACUACUCAAUUCGCUCAAAUCUCUUAAAUCUGUAUGCUAAUACCACAAAAUGUGACCAUAUUUUAGAGACCCAAAAGCCCUAAGUAAAAAUUGUGACUCCAUCAGGAAUCGAGUUAUCUAAAUCGGAAGAAAGUUCAAAGUUAGAAGUUUGAAGCUGCAAGUGUUUGAAGUUGUACGAAGUUUCGAAGUUGUUUGGAGUUUUGAAGUUGUUCAAAGUUUUGAAGGAAAUGAGAGGAACUGGACGAGGUAAAAGCGGGAGAGGCGGGACAGGCUGUGGACGUGGCAAUUUUCGAGGACGUGGAAAUUCUGGAACGACGUCUCAACCACAAAUACAAUCAAUAGGGAUUAACGAGGUACCUUUGGAGAUAGGACAAUCAAGUAACCCAAGUCAAGGAACUCUACAGUCCGGACAAAUAUCAUGUAACCCUCUCCAAAGAACAUCUCCAGAGACACAAUCAUCAAGGAAUCUAGAAGAAAAUGCAUGCCCCUCUCCAGAGGCUGAAAAUGGUGCAGUUUCUCGCAUCAAUAAAAAGAGAGGAAGGGGAAAAUAUAAAUCUAAAACAGUAGAUAUAAAAACUAAGUAUGGAGGAAAAAUCACAAUAAUGAUUCCAGAUGACAUUGAUAGAGCUGUGGGUUCCGGGGCUAGAGAUAUUGUUAAUUACUCUGGUUUGAUCAUGAGGACCUAUAUCUCGUUCCGAGAGGGAAAAUGGCAAAAGAUUGUUUUGAAAUACGGAGAAGCAAUGUGGUUACAGGUCAAGAACAAAUUUGAAGUUUGUGGCGGGCUGCGAGAGCAUAAGUUGCAAGGCUUUGUGAUAAGUAGUAUGCAAAGGCUUUUUAGAGCAUGGAAAGCUCGAUUGCACACUGAUUACCUCCGUUAUUCUACUGAUGAAGAAAGAUUGUCUCAUCGACCUGAGGAUGUUCAGUUGGAGGACUGGAAAUACCUAGUAAAGUAUUUUGGAAGUGAGGAAUUCAAGAGAGAUCCGGUUUCUGGAGAAAAGGACACACCAGAUAAAGUGUGGGAGAUCCAACAUACACAUAAGAAUGUUAAUGGAGAACGGGUGUGGUUGGAUUCAAAAUCCCAACAAAUUCAUGGCCAGCUUCAGCAACUUGUUGUUGAACAACAAUCUGAAGAGGUUGAGCAUCCCAUGACUAGAGAAGAGAUGUAUUCAUCCAUUCUUGGUCAGAGAUCAGGCUAUGUUCGUGGUUUUGGAUAUGGAAAGAAGCCUCCCAGAAAGACUCAAAUGCAGCAGGCAAACAUAGAAGCUAGCGUGUCUUCUGCGAUGGAAAUUAUGCGUCAAGAGAUGCAAGCUGAUAUGGACCGGAAGUUCCAAGAAGAACUGAACCGAAAGUUGCAAGAAGAAAAUGAACAGAUGGCUAUCGACUUAAAAAGAGAGAUGGAAGAAGAUUUGCAAAAAAAAUUGGAAGAGGAGCGUGCACACAUGAGAGGAGAAUUUGACAAGAUGAUCCAAGACCAAAUGGCUGCUUUCAUGACUAGAAUUCUACAGCAGGGACAAGGUUCUUAAGCAAUGGGGCUGCCAAAAGAGGAGCUUCAAGGCGUCCAAUGAAAGUUUUUGAUCAUAUGUAAUAUGCAUACAAUGGAAGUUUUUGCUUUUGGAUCAUAUGUAAUAUGCAUACAAUGGAAGUUUUUGCUUUUGAAUCAUAUGUAUAUGCACACAAUGAACCGAAGUACUAUAUAUAUGUACGUAAUAUAUAUGCAGUUGACUUUUAAGUAAUGAAAGUAUUUAUAAUAUUCGGCUUUGGAAU